UAACUUUUGUUUACAAAUGAACCUAAAAAUGGAAUGUGAUAGAUGCGUUGUUCUUAAUUCUAUCUGAAAAAUACAUGUACAACAAACGAUUGAUUCAAUUUUUUGUUAUUCGUAUUGAGAAUAUCCUUUAGAAAAAAAUGAGCCUUCAAAUAAAUAAAAGAUUGCUGCCACUUAAGGCUCAUUACUUUACAUGGAAUGCAGGGACAGCGCCGGUUGUUCCCUUUGUGCCAACUAUCAUCAAACAAUUGGGCUUUAGUCCAAGUGUUUUAGGAACGAUUUAUGCAGUUUUACCUAUCGUUGGCUUACUAUCUAAGCCCCUGUUUUGUGGUCUCGCUGAUAAGUUUCACAAGCAAAAAAUGUUUUUUCUAUUAUUUCAGUUUAUUACCGCAAUUAGUUUCUUCUCCUUCAUUUUUAUUCCCUCCAUUGUAAAAGAGACUGAUGUUAAGUUAGAUUGCAACGAAAAUAUUUCCAACCUCAAAUAUUGCCUAACAAAUGGCAAUUCCACAUUUGACAAUAACCAAUGUGCACUCAAUCGUAUAACAAGCAUCAAUGAUACCAGUCAAAUGUUUUGUAGAACCAGAUGCUUUGUAAAUGCAUCCGACUGGGAGACACUAUGCAAAUAUUGGAGUAUUGAAGCAGACUGUAGUGCUACCAUGCGAGAAGAGUUCCAAUUUGAUGCUUAUGUACCAAGAGAACAUAUCUUACCAGUAUCAAACUGUUUGCAUUUGAGGAUUGAUCAAGUAAAGUUCAAGAAUGACAACUUAUCGUAUUUACAGUGUAAUCACAAUUGGACAUUUUUUGACUUUAAUUGUAAAAUUUCUUGUAACGACUCAGAUGUGACGGAUAUAAUUUCUUCUGGAAUUCCAGACAGCGAGGCUUAUGGGUUGUAUCAAUUUUGGAUCAUGUUCUUCCUACUAAUAAUCUCAUGGGCUGGCAUGGCCGUUGUGGUGUCCGUAGGUGAUGCUAUAGCUUUCGAAAUGUUAGGAGAUCAACCUCAUUUAUAUGGAAACCAAAGAUUAUGGGGAGCUGUAGGAUGGGGAACACUGGCCCUUAUUACUGGUUUCCUCAUUGAUAAAUUAUCUGCCAAAAACGCAGAAAAAGACUAUACUGUAAUAUUUUACCUGGUUUUAAUACUGAUUCUUUUUGAUAUGUUGAUAUCGUCUAAGCUACAACACAAACAAACUAAGGUAUCCAGUCAUAUUCUAAAAGAUGUCAGUAAGGUGUUUACUCCGAAUGUGCAAAUGUUUUUUUUGUGGUGCAUUGCAGUAGGAUUUUGUGCUGCAUUAGUUUGGAAUUUGCUAUUCUGGCACUUGGAAGACUUGGGUCGUGCACAAGGAUGUGAUUAUAUGGAUUACAUGAAAACACUUCAAGGCAUAAUUAUGGCGAUUCAAUGUUUUGGUGGUGAAUUGCCUUUUUUUAUUCUCUCUGGAUGGAUCUUACGGAAAAUUGGACACAUUCAUACAAUGACUUUGGUAUUAUGUGCUUUUGGUAUUCGCUUUUUACUUUAUUCUUUGCUUGUGAAUCCUUGGUACAUUAUACCGAUUGAAUUUUUGAAUGGACUUUGUUUCGGACUAUUUUAUGCAACAAUGGCAAGUUAUGCAAGUAUCGUAGCACCUGCAGGAACUGAAGCUACAUUGCAGGGAUUGACUGGAGCCGUUUUUGAGGGAAUUGGUGUUUCGUUGGGGAGUCUUUUAGGUGGGUACUUAUCCAGCAAAGUUGGUGGUAGUCUAUUAUUUAGAUACUAUGGUAUUGGAGCUAUUAUUCUUGGAUUGUUACAUGCGUUGGUUCAGAAAUGUUUUCAAAAACCCGAAAAAUUCAGUGGAAACAUGGAAGAACUGCAAGAAGAAGGAAGCGGUAGCAGUGGAAAUAUUACUACAGAUAAAUUUUCUGAUUUUUCGUAAAAGCCGAUGUAGAUGUACAAUAUAAAACUAAUACAUAGAUUUUAUUAGCUUUUAUACCAAAUAUUUUUAUCUUAUACGUAUAUUAAUUGUCCUAAUGAUAUUCAUAUCUUGCGAAUAUGUAUUAAUAAAAAUAUAUGAAAAAAAAUAUUUUCUUCA